GUGGGAUUCGUCAUUCUCGUCCUCGGAAUGCGUCUCAUCGUUCGAGCAGCCAACGAGGCUCGCUUUGUCGAAGGCGCGUCUUCGUCCCGAGUGCUCCAGCACGUCACGGAGACAGUGGACUCCCUCAGCACCAUCCGGUCAUAUGGGAUGGUGGAGCGCUUUUGCGGCUGCUUCUGUCGACUCGUGGACGCUAACAUGGUGACCAGAAACGCGUUCGUCUGCUGCCAGAGGGUCGGCAGGGCCCUGGUCGGUGCAGUGGGCUUUGCUGUCGUGUUUUCCACGCUCCUAUUGGCUCUCUUCACUGUCAACAGCAGCGCCAGCGGCGUCGGCUUGACUCUCAGCUCUUCACUGUCCCCUGAUGUGGAGAUCCAAGAAGAGGACCAGCAGAGCAAGAAUAGAUCGGAGGUCCUUUCGAUUCUGCCCUUGGAUCACGAAUGGCCAACGGAAGGCAGGCUGGAGUUCCAGGACUGCGCAGCGUCUUACCGUCCAGGCAUCUUGCCCGAUGUCCUAAAGGGUGUCACGUUCGUUGUUCAGCCACAUGAGAAGGUGGGCGUUGUAGGAAGAACCGGAGCUGGCAAGUCUUCCCUGGUGCUCGCGCUCCUUCGGGUCCUGAAGAGCUCCCAGGGCAGCAUCCGGAUCGACGGCGUCGACAUCAAGGCGGUGCCGCUGAGGAGGCUCAGAAACGCGGUCACCGUGAUACCUCAGGAUCCAAGCCUAGUGCGAGGCAGCCUUCGAGAAAACCUGGAUCGUACUGGGAGCCGCAGUGACGAAGAACUGUGGCGAGUUCUACGAGAAGCUCACCUGGCGGACUUCGUCACCUCGCAGGCCAAGGGUCUUUCCCUGGAAGUAGGCGACGGAGGUUCAAAUCUCAGUGCUGGACAGAGGCAACUAGUGUGCCUGGCCAGGGCGCUAAUCCGCAAGCCGAAGGUGCUCCUCUUGGACGAAGCCACGUCCCAGAUGGACGGGGACACAGAUCGCUUGAUCCAGGCGACGCUGAGGGAGAGCUUCGCCGGUUGCACUCUCCUGGCCAUAGCACACCGCAUCAACACCGUUCUGGACUACGACAAAAUCCUGGUGAUGGGAGACGGCAGAGUUCUCGAAUACGGGCCAGUGGACAAGCUUCUAGGCAACACAAAUUCGUUGUUUCAAGGAAUGGCAAGAGAAGCGGGGGUCUUAAAUAAUAACACACAUUUUUAAACGAAGCAAACAGCAAAACACUUUCAACGUCUUUCACUGACAUGGACACCACGGAACCGUCCACAACGCGUCGAUCUGUUCAAGAUUUCCCCCCUACAUUUUUGAACCGCAGAAUACAAGUCACUUCUGAUGUUUGUAAACAAUCCAGUAGAUGUGGCCCUUUUGUUUCCGUCUGCAUUUAUAAAUUCAGGUGGUUAUACUUG